AUGCGUGCCAUCUUUCAAAUUGGAGGGUACAGCGGCUUGAUCGGAGAGGAUUUUGUCUGCCAGCAGAAACCUUCAUUUUAUGCAAAGGCAGCCGUGGAAGCUCGGCAACUUUGGACGUUGUUGUCCACGAAAGAUGGACGUGCCCGCCUGAAAUACGUUGCCCUACGGGGCGCUGUCGCUGGAUUGGUAUGGCAUCCUCGAAUUCUUCGCGCACAAGUCUAG